GAUCGAAGUUGUUUCAAGAUGCCAGCAGUAGCACUAUCAAAGAAUACGGUAUAUUAUUUCUCUGCGCGGAAUAAUUCUCUGUUAAAUUAAGUUAAGCGGCUCAAAAAUGCAAAGAUUGUACAGUACAGCUCUCAGAAGCAGUUUUUCAAAUAUAUCAAAGGCAUGGAAGCAACCAGCCACCUGUUCUUCCAGAUCUUUACAUACAACAAGCGUGACAUAUAAUCAUGAAUCUGUUUCCCCUGGUGAAAAAAGAAUAGAAGAUAUUCUUAAAUCAAAACUUAAUGUAGAAGAAAUCAUGGUUAGAGAUAUUUCAGGAGGAUGUGGAUCAAUGUACGAAAUUUUUGUUGCAUCAAAAGACUUCAUAAAUAAAAAAACUGUGCAACAGCAUCGCAUUGUCAAUGAGAUCCUAAAAGAUGAAGUUAAACAAAUGCAUGGUUUGAGGAUAUUGACAAAGGUACCAGAAUGAUGUAUUCUAAGAGUGAGAAACCAGAUGGGGCAAUUAAUACUGCUAAGAUGGACUGCUUCUUUCUGCAUUAAAGGGACAAUUAGUUUGGUCAGAAUGAGUGUUGAUAUGGUAAACCAAGUUGUUAUUCAUGAUGUCUUUUUGUGGCUGUAAAGAACACUAUCUUGGCAGUCACAUUAUCUGUAGCCCAUAAGAAAAACAUUAAAUUUUAGGCAGCUCUGCUUACAAAAUUAUAUCGAUUUCAACAAUGUAAAAUCUCUCAUUGUAGAUUGAUUUGUGGCUCUUUGUUAAUAAUUAUCACAGACUACUUGCAGUUGGAAAUAUUCUACCCCUUUUUAUUCAUUCCACAGCCUAAUACCGAAAAAGUGUAAUUGAUGUCAACAUUUUGGUAGAUGCAUUUGUGUGUGUUGAUAAGUUAAUCAUUAAAUACAAGAAUGAACUGUUAGCUUUUGAGUAGUAGAAACAAAGUUUGAACAUCGUUUUAGUCAGCUUUUAUUGUGGAUUUAUGAUACUAAAUAUUUAGACUGGAUAAGUGCAAUACUGGAUUUUUAUGUAAAUGAGCCAUUUGAAAUCUUUUGAUCUGCAAAAAUCACCCAACUAGAAGUAUUGGGAACCAAAGCCAAAUGUAUAGCUGUUAAGAUACUAUUUCCUCAUAUUUUUCACAGUUACUGUGUUUUUCACAGUAACUGUAUGGCCAUUGGUCAUAAGAAAUUAUGGGAAAACAAUUUUUCUCACUGGAAACUGCUUGUUCUCAACAAAUACAAUUUUCAAGAAAUAUUGGAAAAUUUCACCAUCACAAACUCCUACACCUUUAUUGAAGGAAUUUUCUUUAGAACCUUUAUGGUUACAUAAAGUCAAGAAAUAAAUAACACCCCUACUCUGAGCUUAAUUAGUUGAUAAGGCAAAAUUUGGUUUCCUUGUACCUGUAAUUGUACUUGUACCUUGUAAUGAGGCCUGGUGCCAAUACUACAUCCAGACUGGAAACUUUCUUGUGCGCCGGCAAGUUAUUGCCAGCGCACACAUCUGCGUGCUUUUGCAUAUUGGCCGCGCAAAAUCCCCUAGAUCCCUAGACAAUAGCAUUUACCAUUAUUAACAAUAAAAAUAACUAAGAGUGUAUGAUUUCAGACGCGCAGUCUCAAAUUUUCAAAGUAAACUUGUCCGCGCAAGAAGCCAAGUUUCCAGUCUGGUACUACAUAUGAAAUUUUGCAACUUGUGCCUAGAAAAGUUAUCUGAGAGAGAUUUUGACUCUUGUUGGGUUGGAAAUUAUUGCCCUACUGCAGACUGUUCAUUGUCCCUCUUUACUAACGUUUAAUUACAUAGCUUAACUCACACUGAAAGAAUUGAGAUCACAGUAGGAGGCAAUCAAUGUAUUUGCAUUUAUUUUCCAUGCACAUUAUGAAGCAUAAAAAUAAUUAUCCUUUGGAAAGCCAAAAUAUACGUUAAUUGCAUAAGAAAUAAUUUUACCCUUCGGAAUUAAUUUCGUUGUUAUUUUUAA